AUGAGUGAUAGACCUCCAUAUGUUGUCGGGUUUAAAAACCUUGGAAACACAUGCUAUAUGAAUGCAACAUUCCAUAUGUAUAGCAUGAUCCAAGAAUUGGCAGAUUAUUUUUUGGAUGAGAAGUUUUCAUCCUCAAAUGAACCUAUUGGACUUGAGCUGCACAAGUUCUUUUCACAACUCGCAUUUCCUCAAGAGCCUGCAAUCAGUUUAGCUUCUUUAAGAACAGCUAUUAAUUAUUUAGAACCAAAAUUUAAUAAUCCAGAUCCCCAGGAUUCACAAGAGUAUGUUAAAUACAUUUAUUCAACAAUCAUGAUGAAGUAUCCUGACUGUCCGCUUAAUCUUACAAAAUUUGAUAUUUUAGACAUCAAUAAUCCAGAAAAUUCCAAGACCAAUGGAAUUUUAGAUUUAUACCUUCCUCCAGAAGUUAAUCAAGGAGAUACCAUUCCAAUUUAUCAUAUUUUUGACUUUAAUUUUCAGAAUUCAAAGAUAGUUUUCCCACCAAAAUAUCUCAUCAUCAAUAUGAAAUUAGAUGUUGAUCAUCAGAAAAAGUGCAUUGUUUUAGAUUUUCCAAUAGAUCAACUUGACUUGUCAAAAUACAUUAAGAAUAACGAUCAAAACUGCGAAUACGAACUUAUUGCUGCAAUGUAUCAUGAAGGAUUGUUUGCAUUAGAUGGACAUGAUACUUGCUAUAUCAAGGUAGAUAAUAAAUGGUAUUAUUUAAACGAUGCUAAAGCAUUCUUUGGUUCAAUGAUGUACUCAGUGUGUCCGUUUCUCGGGAAAGAAUACCAUUACUUAUUACGCUUGAAAACGAACUAA